AUGGCUUCCCGUGCUGACUGCCUCUCUCCGCGUUCCCUGUGCAUCCUAGCUGCUUCGCUUGCUGCUCUUCAGGUGCGAGACAUCGAGGUGCAGCAGUUCGUCUGGCGGGAGGUCCAACAACAGCUGCAGCAACUGCAGCCACCCGAUCUAUGUUUGCUGUUGGAAGCCAUGAGGCGCUGGGGGGCCUACAGCCGCAGUAAUUGCGACCUACUUUUGCAAAGGAUGAGCGAAGAAAUCGACUCCUUCACAGCUGCGGAUGUUGCGGCUUCAAUAGAUGCGAUUGCGAGCAUGGGAUUGGCUCGGGGAUUUCUGCUGCGGCAGCUAAGCUCUUUGGCUUUCGAGAACUUGCACCAGUUUUCGCAGCAACAGCUCCUGGUGCUCAUGAAGGGCUUGGGCCGCCUACGUUUCCUGACGCCUGCUAAUUGCGAGACCCUGUUGCAGCAUUUUAGAAUAGACUGCAGCAGCGCUGAGGAGCAACAGCAGCACUCGCCAGGCAGCGACAGAGGCGCCGCAGGGGACUUAGGAUGGACCCCCCAUAAGAGCGCACAGUUACUGGGGGCCCUCGCCCUUUGCGAUGUAGGGCCUUUGCAAAGCGGGCUUGAAUCGAUGCUUUUGCAGUUGUUGCAGCACAUUGAGAAAACUUUUGGAGGCCCCUCCACACCAGAAACUGCUUCUGCGGGCCUCCGUGGGGUGGUGCUCCAUCGCCUGGGCACGGCCGCUCUGGUCGACGCUGCAUAUGCAAUUUGCUGCUUCCAGCUUCAAGCGAGGCAAAUGCAGGAUAGGCAGGAGACAAGCGGGCUGCAUGCAGAAGUGUCACUGGCCCUCGAUUUGCUGCGGGGGCCUCACAGGCUGCAGUUGCAGAGAAAUGUUGCCUGCGGGGGCUACAGAGUGGACUUUUUUGACCAGGACACGCGCAUCUGCAUUGAUGUAGACACGGUGUACAAACACUCUCCAUGCACUGUGAAGCACAGGCAAGGCAAUGAUUCCCAAAGAGGGGCAAGGAUAUGGGGGAAGGAGGGAGACUGGCAGAUAUAUCAAUAA